CAUAAUUCGCUCAGUUUUAGGUACAUGUGCGUUUGAUUAACAACUCGUUAAUUCGAAAUUUAAUUUUAAUCAAAAUUGUUUUAAUAUUCUUAAACUUUGUUUACUAAGGAUUGUGUACUGUGAAUACAAUGUAUUAAAUGCUUUUAACAUAUCUUAAAAUUUUUCCUACGUUUGGUACCAUUUUAUCACUAUUUCAAAAAUUAUUUCUGAUAUAAUGGGGAUAUGUCAGAUUUGCAAUGGGAUCCAUAAACUUCCCAUAAGCAGACUCAAGGAAGAAGCAGAAAAAUUCAAAUUUACUAUAUACAAUACAAUAUGCAACUGUUGUGUAACAAAAUUAGAUCCUAUAUUUAAAAAAUCUAUAAUUUUCAAAAAAGAAGUUGGAAUGACUCUUCAGAAUACUGGCAGAAAAAUUGUAAUGGUUAAUGCAGCUACAAAUACAGAUGAUAUGGACAAUUUCGGGAGAUACCCAAACCUUGAACAAUCAAAUAUUCUUGAAAAUGCUCCUGUACAUGAAGAGAAGCCUAUUGUUGAAAGUACAUCUUCAAAUGAGCAAGUCAUCGAGUACAGAAGCUGUAUUAAAGAAAAUCCUCAAAAAAACGAAAUUCAAGUCGCAGGAAAGUAUUGUGAAUAUUGUAAGAAGAAAUUUACUCACACUGGAGAUUUAAACAAACACAGAAGAAAACAUACAGGAGAGCGACCUUAUGAUUGUUCACUCUGCCAUAUAAAAUUUACCCACGUCUCGAAUCUUAUAAGACACCAACGAUUGCAUUCCGGAGAAAAUCCAUACUCUUGCCCCCAAAAAUGUGGCAAAACUUUCAGCAGGAAAGAUAAACUUUCGACACAUAUUUCAAAAGAACACCGUAACGCGUAAUCAAGAGAAAAAUAUAGGUCCUUAGGGUUAGAGAAACAAUUCUAACCAAUAAUAGGGAAAAGGUGCCAUGAAUUGGUGCUCCAACCCUAUACCUGUAGCGUUUAGUAAAUUAUUUUUCUGUCUCAUAACAAUUUUUAUAUUUUGAAUAUUAUGCUGGAACCUACUCCAAUGUUUAGAUGUUAUUGUUAAGAAUAGCUGUUUCUGAUUGAUGAAAAAUAAACUUAUCAAAGAAUAAAA